AUGUCAUCCUAUCGCACCUCGAUGUACGGCGACAGAUUAGAGUCACUUCCUCCUCCUCCUCCAGAUUCGAAUUCCGGGACUGAGAUAGACACCCCUUGGAUCCCGCUCUCAAUGCAUAAACGACCUCAAAGGAUAUCCAAAUGGCCUCAAGCCAGCCGACUGGAGAUCAAUCGACCUUUCGAAGGUCCUUCUGCACCUAGGGUUUUUCCUUCUCUCACUUCCAGCUCAUAUCUUCCUUCGGACCCAUCCAGGCAGAGUCACAUGCUUCAAGCCGCUUCUGAUAUGGCUCUGUCGCCACCUCAAGUGGAUACGUGCUCCGAGGACUUGUCCAGAUCUAGUGUCAACACUCCUUUCUUCCCACCUGCUUCAAUCACCACUGACAGAUCUGUCAAGGCGGAGAGGAUGACCCCUCGACUUGGUACUGUAGAGCUUUCUCCUUUUUUACCUCAGCAUCCUCAUCUUUCGGUAACAGCCGGGCGACGCAUGCAUCCGCCACCUAUCUCACAGCGACCUUCACCUUCCUUGCUCGGGAAAAGGAAAGCCGGUUCAGAAUUAGAAUAUAUCCCUUCUAAUUUGGAAGUAGCCAGUUCCUCAUCUACUUUAAAUCAGGUAAAAGUGGAAGGAAGAACUCCUUCCAUUGAUGUCCCUGAUAUCAAGGCUGAUGUCAAACCCAAUAUUCCAGUUCCAAUAUUGCCCAUUCCCCUUCCUUCCAAAAGAUUCAAGAAAAAACCCACUUCCAAAGCGGUAUUGAUUCCCGUAGAACAAUUACCUGUCUUUGCCCUUCCUCCUAUGCCAACCAUUGACGAUCCUGAUUUACUCAAACAAGUUUUCACUCAUCAGAGCUUGUUCGAACGAUCUAGGGGAAGAUUCGAAGAUCCAAUUGAUAAUCCUUCGAAACAUUAUGAAAAACUAGAACAUGUAGGUGAUAGUAUUUUAGGAGUAAUAGUCACCACUUGGUUGCAUGAGACUAAACCUAGAUUGACUAUUGGUACCGCUACUAAAUUGAAAGCGCAUCUAGUAUCGAACGCUACACUUUCUCAUAUAUCAGGAUUAUACAACCUUCCUCAAAGAAUCAAUGGACAUCCCGAAUUAUUACCUGUACUGAGAGCUCAGACUGACGUUAGAGCAGCGUUGAUGGAAGCUUAUAUUGCAGCAUUAUACUUUUCAUUCCCGAUCGAAGAUAGAUUAGGUGAAGGGAUUCAGAUCAUCGACAAUUGGUUAAGAGAGAUGUAUGAGCCAUUAUACGAUUUCUUCUAUAAUUACAUGAAGAAAGAAUGGGAACAACAUCAUUCAACCGUUGGAUCAACAAUCGAUGGAAAAGUAUUAUUGGAAACAGAUGCCGAGAUUGCAAGGAUCGAUCAUGCAAGUAUUGGUAUGUCUUCCUUAGUCUCAAUGUAUGCGUCCAAUCAAGAUAGAGAAUUAAGAUGGGAAGAAGAGAAAUUAGAAACUAAUAUAGGUAUUUUAUGGAAAAUCAAAUGUACAGUUGAUGGAAUAGAAUUAGGUGAAGCCAUCAGACCUUUCAGAAAAGCUGCGAAGAACGUCGCUGGCUGGGAAGCUGCGAAGAAGCUCGGUUUGACCGAGGAAUAG